UAAAGAUGGUUUAAAUAAGAAAUUUAAACGAGACACAAUUAUUUUCUUCACAAAUAUUUUCUCGCAUAUCAAGAUUCAAAUAAUAAAGGAAUAAACUAAUAAAGAAAUUCAGUACUCUUGCUUCAGCGCUGUUAUAUAAGUUGCAAAAAGCGUUACUUUAACAAAAGUUUUCUAAUUUGUUAAGACAAAUUUACCGCUCGUUGCAAAUCAUUGAAUUCGACCAAUCACGUUAAAGUGCUCAUGCGCACGCAUCCAAUUUGCUUCAUGUUGACAUGUCGUAAAACAGUGAUGGCGGGAAAUCUAUUUGAGAAUAAUUGAGUGAAUCACCGUCAGAUGGCAGGAGGGAUUGCAUGAAAGCGACCGCGAAAAUGCGGUGUGCGGCUUCUCUUAGUCCGUCAGAGUAAACACAAAGGGAAACGAAACGGAGCGGCGCACCUCGUGCGCCGCCACACUCGCGACUCGUUCGCGGUGGACGAGUUGUAUAUCUGUUUCUUCCUUUCUCUUUCUUUUUUGCUUCAUACAAAGAUAGAUGGAGAAAAAAAGAUAAGGUUCUUUUUUCUGAUACAUUGUAUGGUGAACUCGCGCGUGUUGAUAAACGUUAGAAAGAAAGAGAGAGAAAGAAAAAGGAAGAGAGAAGGGAAAGGGAGGUGAAGGUGUAUAACGUGGCACGCGUUCGAUGGUGUCGGUGAUCGACGAAAUAGCUUAAUGUGUGCGGGGUGGACGCGUGGUACGCUCGAGGCGUCCACAAAUGAUUACUGGAACCGAGCAGAAGGAAAAUGUCAAACGCAUUGCCGUCGCGAGGACUCGUGAACGGUGAGAAUAACGAGCUCGGUGCUGUCGCUGCCGCUACCACUGCUGCUCCCAGUGUCUUUCCUGGUCGUAGUGGUGGUGGUGAUGCCGCUGAUAUUGUUUUCAAUGGUUGUGGCAGUGGUGGUGGUAAUGGUGGUGGUGGUGGUGGAGCUGGAGGAGGUAAUGGUAGGAGUAGUGGAGAAAGAGAAGAAGAAAGAGGUAGUGGAGGAUACGUCGUUACCGUUUCUACCGACGAGGGCGUCGUCGGCGUCGUGGAUUUACACGACGCGAAUUUGGAUCCACGAGUGACGCCGGUAAAUUUUCCUGAAAUACGUUCAUCGCGGGACGCGUCGACACCGGCUCGCGAUUGCUACGCCGAUGGCAACGCUAAUGCCGCUCCCGAAUACCGCGAAGUGUGUUCUCUAACGAACGUCUCGACGUCGUUGGGGCUUGACGGUGGUAUCACGACGAACACUGCUACUGCUACUACUUCUACUACUACUACUACUACUACUACUACCACUACUACUACAAUUACUACUACUACUACUACUGCUGCUCCUGCUACUGCUACUGCUAUUGCUGCUAUUACUACCAACAUCAUCGCUACUGCUACUAUUACUAUCGAAACGAGUACAAUAGCAACGACGAAGACGACGACGACGACGACGACAACGACGGCGCUGAGGGUCGCGACGUACGACAACGACAACAUGGUCGCGGCGAUGAACGAGCACUUGUCCACCUCGUCGGCGACGAGCGGUGCACGCACGAGUGUUUCAACAACUACAACGACGACUAGUAACGUCGCCACGAGUAACAACAACAACAACAACAACAACAACAACAACAGUAGCUGUCCGCGGAACGAAUUCCAGAGUAACGUAGACGAGGAGAGCAAAUCCGUCGCCGGGAUACUUAGUUUUCCUUGCGAUUUUGAUCACAUGUACGCCAGCAUGACCGACGGCGGGACGCCGGCCGCAGCAACGGCGACCUCCGCUCUCGGUGUAAGCCCGUUAAGGGGUAACGAGCCACGUCAGAACGAUCUAACCGAGGUCAAGCACCUUAAAGAAUUGCUAUUACUUCAUUUGGAUCUUAUUCAGCAACAAUCCGAGCAAAUCGUUACAAAGGAUAAACUUCUUGCUGCUCUUCGACAGGAAAAUGAGACGCUCAAAUUGCGUUUGGAACGUAUGGACAGACGAGUAAAUUUGCAAAAACUAAGGUCCGAAAGUAGUGAAAAUUCUAUUUUAUCUGAACAUAUAGGUGCAUGUUCUCCUCCCAGUUUAAACUCAGUGACUAUACCAUCAACCAGUGAUAUUCACAAAAGUAUUCAAUCUGAAUCUAGUAAUACGCAAUAUAAUGAAAGUUUUAAAAUACGCUUGAAUACCAGUGGUGGAAUUACUACGGUCAAACAAGAGUGUAAUGAUAAUCAAGGUAAGCAUGAGAAACAGGACAUUGGCAACGAAUCUAGACUAGAGUGGGAAGAAAAGAAAAAACGAAGAUCUGAUCCAACGCCGUUAUCUGGUGGCAUUAAAAGAAAAAGAGGAGUUUCUUGUUCAUCUACAAUUAGUAAUGACACAACUUCGACGAUACAGGACAAACAAUUAAGUCAUGAAAGUAGUCGAAAAACGGAUAGAAAAGGAAAAUCUCUUGUAAGAAAGGAAUCGUUUUUAACGACAGAAGAACAUUAUUAUACAGCAGUCGGUGAUCCAAAUUAUACAUUAAGUUUGAAAGAAUCAUCUCCACCAGAUAUAAAUACUACGUUAGAAGUUCCCAAUUGGAGAGUUAAGGUAUAUACUAGCUGUUAUACGAUGGAAGGAACAGAGAAUCUUGAUGAUGAAAUUUUCAAUAAAAGGCACUUGAAGCUAGAGAACGACGAAAGGAGAAGAAAAAGAUGGGAUGUACAAAGGAUAAGAGAGCAAAGGCACAUAGAAAAAUUAAAACAAAGGCAAGAACGACAAAAUCAUCAAGCUACUUGUUAUAACACAAAUCAUACUGGUCCAUGUCCAUCGACAAUGGAAGAGGAGGCUGUGACAUCUUUGUGGCCUGAUGUAGAACAGAUACAAAGUCUUCAAGUGGAUCAUCAGUUGCCAGUUACUGCAUUCGGCGCUCCUAUACCUAGUUUUACUCCAAGUGAAUUUUCCUUACCUUGGACUCACAUGGUUCUAACAAAAAGUCGAUGUCCUAAAAGAUCUACAGGAAGAAGAAAAACAUCUAGGAGAUAAACCUUAUUUUGGCAAAAUUUUUUUUUAUGCAUCAAUUUUAAACUCAUAUUAGUAAUAUUGACUCCCCACCACAUUUUUUUACGUGUUAUAUUUUGCUAUAUAGAAUGGAGGCACCAAAGACGUUUUUAUUAUACUUUUUGUUCUUUUUUUAUUUUAUUUUAUUUUUUUUUUUUUUUUUAAAUAUACGAUAUACCGGAUUUUAGAUCAUAGAACUUUUUAUAUCCUUGGCGAUUCGGUGUUAACCGUGAUAAUUUCUAUAUAUUUUGAUUGUUAAAUUUUGUUAUAAUUGGUGCCGGUUGUUUUAUUGUGCUAAUCUACUGUUAAGUUUGAUGAAACGUUAAUUGUCGGUAAUGUUUAUUUCGCAUACCUGAAACUUGUCUAAAAUUGUACAAAGUAAUUAAUGUACUAUUUAAAAUUACAUUUAUUUUUUGCCACUGAUUGUAUAAAGAUUAGAGUAAAAAAUGUACUAAGCGAUAUAAUGUUAAGUAGUAUGUUAUAAAAUGAUAUUAUGUAGAACCAUAUCACAUAAUUGUGGAUUUUGUGUAGCUCCAAUCAAUCACAAUCUUCUGUUUUUUAUCUUGAAUUUUUUUUCUUUUCAUUAUUUCAUUAAUGACAAUUUUCUAUAGCUCCUAAAUGAUAUCAACCUGUCUUCUUUUAUAGUUAUGAUAAGGAUGAAUCACUUUCAGUGAUUCAUCUGUUACUCUUAUAUAUUAUUAAAUCAAAAUACGCGCAUUUGUGUAUUUUACUAUCACUGUUAUAAACAGAAAAUAUGUGAGAUAAAAAUAAAUAUGUAUACCAUUUUUGUACAAAUUAUCUGUUCAUAUUAAUAUGAAUUUAAUAUCACAAAUAUCAACUUUAUUCGAACAAAGUGUAAAUUAUAAAUCUGUCUUUUUGUUAAAUCAGCACAUUCAUGUUGACUCGUGUACGUAAAAUUAUUCUGAUAAUAUGAAGAAUACUAUAUUAAAGUUAAGAGAAAUAUGAUUUUAAUUAUUAUUUAAUUUUAUCUAACGAUAAGGAGACAGGAUAGAUGAUUUACCGUCCAUAAGAACUGUUAGUUUUCUAAAUGAGUGAACAUUAAAAAGAACUUGAUGUGUAUGGUACUAAAAAUUUGUAAAUAUAUUCAUUCGUCUAAUCGAAAAUUAGUUUAUGUUAUUGUAGUAUAUAAAUGUAUGACUGAAAUUAUAAAUUAUUAUUUUUAAUAUGUGUAUAGUAAAGAAUUCUCCUCCAUACCAGUGGAUGCAUAUUGUAUCAUGUAAUGUAAUAGAUAUUUUUAAGGGAGAUAUUUCCAUUUUAAGUUCAGAUCUGCCUUAAAUAUACUAAAGUGUACAUAAUAUUGAGUAUAAUUUUAAAAUAAACAUAAGUUUAUUUAUUUCAUAUGAAUAAUGCUUAAUGCAUAAUUACAUUUCAUCUCACUGUAAAAAAAAUAAUUAAGAAUGUAUUAUCAAUAAAAAUAUGAUUUACAGAA